UAAAAAAAGUUGUAAGUUCUUUGAACGAGAUCAGAAAUGGGACGUUAGCCAUCUGCUUCGUAGUUCGUACUGCUCUAACUAACGAUGCAUUUUUUGAAACUGUAAGAAUUGGACCUGCUUCGCCACCACACCAAUGAACCGUCCUCUGAAAAGCUUUUUUCAGUUAUCUAGUGGCAUUCCCAUAUGCUUGAUUUGCCAUUUCUGUGUCUGAAUAGCAGAAAUAUCGGCAAUCUGAGAUGCCUUCAUCUCCCAAAUACUUCACAGCCCGCCCAUUCACCCACUCAUAUUCUCGCAGAUCCACGGCCCUCAUCCUGAUCUUCUUGAUCGGCCUCGCCGGGUUUUUGAUUGCGCUAAUCGCUAUUUCGAGACAAGGAUUCGGGUACAGAUGUGAAUCCAAAGAGCCCAGAUCAGUUUCGGUUGUCUGGGAUAGAAGCAGCGGGAUGCCGAGCAGUGGCGGUGUUGAUGGAGAGCGAAAGAGACACAAAGUAAUGGGCUUUGUCGGGGUCCAAACUGGGUUCGCAUCCGCAGCUCGCCGGCGGGCCCUCCGGCAGACUUGGUUUCCCUCAGAUCACCAAGGGCUUCAAAAGCUGGAAGAGUCUACUGGUUUGGCUUUUAGGUUUAUUAUUGGUAGAACUAGCGAUAAAUCAAAGAUGUCCGAGCUUAGAAGGGAGGUUUCACAGUAUGAUGAUUUUGUGCUGUUAGACAUUGAAGAAGAGUACAGUAAGCUCCCAUACAAAACUUUAGCUUUUUUUAAAGCUGCAUACGCGCUUUAUGAUUCAGAGUUUUACGUCAAAGCUGAUGAUGACAUAUACUUACGACCAGAUCGCCUGUCUUUACUAUUGGCCAAAGAACGUUCUCACUCGCAAACAUACCUUGGGUGCAUGAAAAAGGGCCCAGUUUUCACUGAUCCCAACCUCAAAUGGUAUGAGCCAUUAUCGAAAUUGCUUGGAAAGGAAUACUUUUUACAUGCUUAUGGUCCUCUUUAUGCUCUUUCUGUUGAUGUUGUUUCUAGCCUAGUUGCACUUAGGAACAACAGUUUCCGAAUGUUCAGCAAUGAAGAUGUUACCAUUGGCUCUUGGAUGCUUGCAAUGAAUGUCAACCAUGAGCAUGAUCAACAGCUAUGCCAAACCCAGUGUACCGCCACAUCUAUUGCUGUAUGGGAUAUUCCCAAGUGUUCAGGACUGUGUAACCCUGAGAAGAAGAUGCUGGAACUCCAUGCAAAAGACAUAUGUUCAAAGAGCCCUACUUUACCUACCGAUGAAGAUGAUUAAUAACUCCAUCUUGUGCCAAUACACGAUAAGAUUGAAUGCAGAUUGGUAACCACAACUUCAUUUUGUAUCUAUCCUUUUAACCUUUACUGUUAUGUUCACACAAGUAGAAGUAGGUAUGAUUGUGUGUAAUGGUUUUGCACUGAACAUUUCUUGAUAGAAAUAUGAUACACAGACGGAGGCAAACAACAUAUUAUAUCAGUAUAGGCUGUAUGUACUUGAAAAAAAGAAAUUGUCGUGGGUAGCAACAUGGAUUACCUAGCCUUCAUAAGGACCAGAUGAGCAAUUUAUGGGGGUUAAUAUUGUCAUUCCAUUGUAAGUUGUAACAGACUAUUUUGUAAUGUAAUAUGUACUUGUUAUAAGCUUCAAUUUUAUUGAAUCUGAAUUUUGAGUCUGUUCUUUUGCACUACUCAAGUAUUUGAGCUGUAGUACUUGUUUGGUCUAUAAUAGCUGCAUCUACUACUGCGAAAAUGUGACAAGAACAACAUCAACGUCAUCCCGUUGAUGCCGGUUAACUCAUUGGCGUAUUUUCCACAACAAAAUGCUUGCAUCUCUGCGAUACUUUAAACAAAUACUCCAUGUACUAUUUUUGCAAUCUUCUAUUUCAUGCUGGUACGGUGGUACCUACCAUUUCAGAGGUUUAUAUAUUAUGCAUUUAG